AUGCUCUUAUUUGUUUCUAUUGGAAUUAUCUACACUACACGAUUCAGUGAGACUGCUAUCGCAUCUAAUGCCAGGUCAUACAACCCAUGGAGUGUCGGUAGUGUAUUACCAGUAUCCUAUCCAGAUUCAGAAAUUCAACAGUACUCGCCGACUGGGCAAAAUCAACAGACUAUCUUCCCCUUAACUUCUCAAACUGACCUCAUAGACCAGUAUCCACUCUUGCCAUUCAGUUUGCCAGCACAACAAUUAUUCCUUCAGUCCCUCAUGAAUCCUAAUUCUUACAAGCAACAACAGCAGCUGUUUAUGUUUAACCCAUCAACUCUGCCUAGUCAAACAACAAUUUUAUAUCCUGAUGACCAGCAACUCUCAUCAGCUGCAUCAAGUGAUGUCUCAGAAGAUGAAAUCGAAAUUCCACCUGAAACAAAUGUACUAAAUCCUCAGUACUCAGAUGCAUCUAUCGUUGGUGGCCCCGACGAUGGGGUUAUUGGUAUUGAUGGUGGUAUUGUCGGAAGCCCGCAAGAUAUUGCAGUAGUCGAAAGUGCAGGUCAGAUGCUGAAAGUUGGUGACACACCACAGACUGAAUACGCAUAUCCUGAUACGGUCCCCGUGAAUUCAAGACUAUACAGUCCACUCACGAACACUUUCCAAUACCCAUUUCAAAGUAUGCCUUUUGCUGUAGAUCAAUACGGCCAACCGCCAUACCGCCAGGUAUCUAGAAAAACUAUCCCUUCACAGUAUUCAGAUAUAUUUAUAACCAACAAUAUGUAA